UCUCUCCUCUCUCUUUCUUUCUCUCUCUCUCCUCUCUCUUUCUUUCUCUCUCUCUCUAUUCUAUUUGCAAUUUACCCUUUAAUGUUCUCUUCAACACUCACCAACGCUCCUUCUAUUUUUGUGCUCAGCUUAGAAAGAUCCAUCUUUCUCAAUCUGGGGUGCUCAGUGAUUCUCGUUUUUUUUCCUCUUUCUGCUUCCUAAAGUUGAUGGGAUGAUGAUGAUGUGUGGAUUGGUAUAGCAGUGUUACAGAACAGAACAUCUGAAGUUGGUGAAGUUGAGGCUGCACAUGUUUAUUUAUUUAUUUCAGUUGGUGUAUUUUCUGUGUUGUCUCUCAACAGUGUCUAUCUGUUGUUAUCUGGGGUAAAGGAAUCUGCUCCAUUUCAAUCCAAGUCAUCUGGAUCGCCUUGAUUGGGCAACGUUUGAAAAAGGGUACUAUUGUUUGAUUUGGUAUUUAUUUGGGGUUUAACAGCCAACAGAAAAAAAAGAAAAGAAAAGCUUUUUCUUUAAUGGUUCUUCUUCUAUGAGAAAGUGAUUUGGAUUUCAUGCUUGGUCCUAGAUCAUUAUGGAGGUUUUUCCACUUCUCUAGCAUUCAGUGCUGUUGCUUAGUGGAAAGACAUGAAGAACCUUCUUAAGAAGCUUCAUAUCAUGUCUAACAGAUCAGAGAAUGAACAAGGGUCUUCUUCAUCCAAGGGUAGCAAGUCCAAUCUUGGUUCAUCUUCAUCUUCCAAGAAGAUUUUACGCUCAAAGUCCACUCAAAGUUCUGAGCAAAAGCCCUUAUCUGGGCUCUCGAGUUGGUUGCAUUCAGUUGCCAAUAGGCAGAGUUCUAGUCCUCCUCCAUCUUUGAGCCAGGCAAGGGGCGAGAGAAUGGAGCCAUCUGAUGCAGUUACCAGUGGUGGUUUGGAUGUUGUGUCAGAUUCAGCUAGGCUUGAUUCAGCUUCUAGUGCUUCCAGGGAUCCUGAAGUGGAGGAAGAGUAUCAGAUACAGUUGGCUUUAGAGCUGAGUGCAAAGGAGGAUCCUGAAGCUGUGCAGAUUGAAGCUGUUAAGCAGAUCAGUUUGGGAUCUUGUGACCCUGGUUAUACACCAGCUGAAGUUGUGGCCUACCGGUAUUGGAAUUACAAUGCUCUUGGUUAUGAUGACAAGAUCUUGGAUGGUUUCUACGAUCUGUAUGGGAACUUAUCUGGGUCAAACCCUGCAAGAAUGCCUUCCUUUGUAGAUUUGCAACUUCAAGGAACAUCAAUCUCAGGUAGUGGUACGUGGGAAGCUGUCUUGGUCAAUAGGGCUGCUGAUUCAAACUUGUUGAAACUUGUGCAAAAGGCCCAGGAGUUGACUGGCAAAUCAAGUUCAGAUUUUGAAGUUAUAGAUAGCAAUUUUGUUCGCAAGCUUGCCAUGUUUGUGGCUGAUUAUAUGGGUGGACAAGUUGGAGAUCAUGAAAGUAUGACAAGAGCAUGGAGGAGUCUUAGUUACAGUCUCAAAGCAACCCUUGGUAGCAUGUUUUUGCCACUUGGUUCUCUAACUAUUGGAUUGUCUCGGCAUCGUGCAUUGUUAUUUAAGGUUCUAGCUGAUAGUUUGGGCAUCCCAUGUCGAUUGGUGAAGGGGCUGCAAUAUACCAAUUCCGAUGAUGUGGCGAUAAACUUUGUCAAGAUUGAUGAUGGAAGGGAGUACAUUGUUGAUCUAAUGGCAGACCCUGGAACUCUUAUUCCAGCUGAUGCAACUGGAUCACAGAUAGAGUGCGAUGAAUCAUCGUAUGUGGCCAGUCCUUCAUCUAGAGACCUUGAUUCCUCACAUGUAGCAUCAUCCAGCAGUGGUGUUGGAAGUUCAUACGAAGAAACUUUGGAUUUGGGGAUGUUGGACAAAGCAAACAGAUCAAAACAUUUUCCUCAUACAGGUAAAGAAUCUGAUGUAAGCAUGCCCUCCACGGUAAAGGAAGAAUCAAUACAAACCUUGAAUGAAUUUAAAAGCCCUCGCAAUGUUGAUGAGAAGAUCACUGAGCAGGAAGCUCAUGGCAGACCUAAUUAUCCACAUGUACAUGGAAGAUCUCCAUCUUGGACUGAAGGGAUCAGUUCUCCUGCAGUACGUAAGAUGAAAGUCAAAGAUGUUUCUCUAUACAUGAUCGAUGCUGCAAAGGAGAACCCUCACUUAGCCCAGAGGCUUCACGACGUUUUACUUGAAAGUGGUGUGGUUGCUCCUCCAAAUCUAUUUUCUGAAAUUUAUGAUGAUGACUCAAGUUCCUCAGCUGAGGCCAACUUUCCAACAGAAGAAAAAGAUGAACAUAAGCAGCGAAGUGGACAUAAAGAAGCUGAGCUUGAUGGUAAUCUUUCUCAAGCUCGAAUUUUGCCUCCUUUGGCACAAAAUAGAGUCCAGAACAAACAUGUAGAAGGUUUAGGAAUCAACCUUCCUUUUGUACAGCAUAUACAACCUCAGGUAAAAUAUGGUCAAAAUGUUCCUGUUGCUGCUGCUGCAGCUGCCGCUGCUGCCGUUGUUGCAUCUUCUAUGGUAGCUGCGGUGGCAAAAUCUAGCAUUGACUCAAACAUAGAUCUUCCCGUAGCAGCAGCUGCUACUGCUACUGCUGCAGCUGUAGUAGCAACCACAGCUGCUGUCAGUAAACAGUAUGAACAAGGCAGUCGAAGUGAUGGAGAUACAGACAGUGCUGGUGACCUGAAGGGUAGUGGUGAUGGAGAACAUAUAGCUUUAGGAGCAAAUUCAGAAGGUGAGCGAAGAUCUGAUAGAUCAGUGGUAAGUAACGAUAGCACAAAAUCUGAUUCUGCAUUAGAUGAUCAUGAUGUUGCUGAGGUUGACAUUCCAUGGGAGGAAAUCUCACUCGGGGAGCGUAUCGGACUUGGAUCAUAUGGGGAGGUGUAUCGUGGUGAAUGGCGUGGAACAGAAGUUGCUGUAAAGAGGUUUCUAGAUCAAGAUAUAUCUGGUGAAUCACUUGAAGAGUUCAAAACUGAAGUCAAAAUAAUGAAAAGAUUGAGGCAUCCAAAUGUUGUUCUCUUCAUGGGAGCAGUAACUCGACCUCCAAAUCUUUCAAUUGUUACUGAAUUUCUUCCCAGAGGAAGUUUGUAUAGAUUACUUCAUAGACCAAACAGUCAACUAGAUGAGCGAAGGCGUUUAAAGAUGGCUAUUGAUGCUGCUCGAGGAAUGAACUAUUUGCACAACUGCACUCCAGUGAUAGUGCAUCGGGAUUUGAAGUCCCCAAAUCUUCUUGUUGACAAAAAUUGGGUUGUGAAGGUAUGUGAUUUUGGCUUAUCCCGAAUGAAGCAUAGCACAUUCCUUUCUUCCAGAUCAACUGCAGGAACGGCCGAGUGGAUGGCUCCUGAGGUGUUGAGAAAUGAACCUUCAAAUGAGAAGUGUGAUGUAUAUAGCUUUGGGGUCAUAUUAUGGGAGCUCUCCACUUUGCAGCAACCCUGGGGUGGAAUGAAUCCAAUGCAAGUUGUUGGUGCUGUGGGUUUCCAGCAUCGCCGUCUUGACAUUCCUGAUAAUGUGGACCCUACCAUAGCAGAUAUUAUCAGGAAAUGCUGGCAAACAGAUCCAAAGUUGAGACCUACAUUUGUUGAAAUAUUGGCGGCUCUGAAGCCAUUACAGAAGACAGUUACUGGUUCUCAAGUGCCUCGACCAAGUGCAUCGGGGAAGCAUGAGAGGGGUCAGUCAUCGCGUGUUAUAGAAGACCCAGCAUGAUAGGAAACAAUUAUACAACUAACCAAAUAUUUGUUCAUUUUGCUGCUGAAAGGUGGAGAACAAGUUGUCAAGUUGUAUAGAAUUUUUGCAAUGAUAAAAGUGAGUGGUUGAAUUGAAGCCAUCACCUUACUUACAUUAUUGUCCAAGUUGUGAUUCUUUCCACUCUUGUUUCUUUUCUUUUACUUUCUCUCUUUGUUUUUCUAUUUUGUUGUUGGUUUUCCUUUUGCAAUCUGCAAGUGCAGUCAUUGUCAGGUUGUACCAUUUGUUUGUACACAAUUCUUUUGUAAUUGUGGUUAUAUCAAUUCUCAAUUUUGAUGUCCAUAAAUAGUUC